AUGACAGCGAGUUUGUACGAAUCUAUUUUGAAGAAUGAUGAAACUGUGAUCCAGAUUCAUCGGACUGCUCAAUGUACAAUCUUAGCUGAAGAAAUAAUUCGAGUAAAAAGAGAUAACGAUAAAGAACUUGGAUCUAACCAGACUGAAAAUUACAGUUUCGUUAGUCAUUCAUUCAAUGCAUCUGAUCCCGAAACAAUGGAGAAUCUUUAUUUGGAAAUUGUUAUUGCUGCAGAUCAUUCUGUCAUUGAAUUUCAUCAAAAAGAAAAAACUCGUGAUUAUAUUUUAACUAUGAUGAAUAUCGUUAAUCAACUUUUCAGAGAUCCAUCUUUAAAUAUCAACUUGAAAUUAUUCGUUAAAGAAAUUUUACUGCUGGAAAAGUCAGAGGUAAAUUUAGUCAUAAGUGGAAAUUCUCACAAAAGUUUAGAUCGAAUAUGCCAAUGGUUUUAUCAAUCUUUUAACGAAAGUAAUAUUGAUGAUUAUGAUUUGGGUAUCUUUUUGACAAAAUUCUCUCUAGGAGGACCGUCAGGUUAUGCUCCUAUUAAUGGGCUCUGUAGCAAACGGAGAAGCUGCACUUUAAAUAGAGAUGAAGGACUCUCGUCAGCUUUAAUAAUUGCUCACGAAAUAGGACACGUUUUAGGUUUGCAACAUGAUGGCGAAGGCAACGAUUGUGAAGCAGGGACAUACGAAGGAAGUAUUAUGUCACCUAUAGUUAGGGCAACGUUUCAAAGGUAUCACUGGUCAUCAUGUAGUCGAGAAAAGCUAAAAACUCAUAUUGGAAAUUUCGAAUGUUUAAAAGAUAAAUCCGAUAACAUAUCUGAAAGCAAUGAUUUGCAGAAAGCAUUUUAUUCUCUGGAUGAACAAUGCCGUCAAGAAUUUGGAUAUAAUUACACACUUUGCAAAUCUUUUCAGCCUUCUAAUGUUUGUAACCAGUUAUGGUGUGGUCAAUUUACAAAUCCAUCGUUUUGUAAGUCCAAAAGCAAUCCACCGCUUCAAGGCACAAUUUGCGGAUCUCAAAAGAGGUGUUAUCAAGGAUAUUGUCUACCUAUAGAAACCAAAUUAGACGAUUUGAUUCAUCAUAAUCCUCAAAAUGGUCAAUGGGGAACUUGGAGUGAAUUUACGCCUUGCUCUAGAAGUUGUGGUAUUGGAAUUCGUUUUAGAAUUCGUAAAUGUGAUAAUCCCAGACCUCUGUAUGGUGGAAAAUAUUGCACAGGAAAGUCUGAAGAGUUUAAAAUUUGUAAUAUUGAGAGCUGUCCAUUUUUAACAGACUUUCGUGAAGAGCAAUGUUUUCAAAUUCAGAAAUAUAUGAAACUUAGCUCUAAGCAAUCUCAACUUACAUGGUUACCAUUUGAACCGGAAAAUAUUUCAUUAAAAUGUAAGUUAACGUGCAUGUCUAAAGAAACAAAAGAAUUGUUAUUUGGAGAGAAUGUUAUUGAUGGUACAUAUUGCUCUUAUGACAACAGAAACAGCAUUUGUAUUCAGGGACAUUGCAUGGGUUGCGAUAAAAUAUUAAAUUCGCAGAAGGAAGAAGAUUUGUGUGGAAUUUGUGGAGGAAAUAGCAUGCUUUGUAAAUCCGUAAAUAAAAUAUAUAUGAAAAUCCCUACGAAAUCUUAUAGUAUAGUCACAACUCUUCCUGUCGGUGCGCAUCACAUUGAAAUAAAAGAAGAAACAAAUACAGAUAGUUUUCUUGCAUUAAAGCUGAGAAAUAAAGAAUUUAUUUUAAAUGGAAAUAAUAACCAGAAUAAAUCUACAGUGGUAAUUCAUGCUGGAACAAAAUUCAUUUAUCAAAUUGAAGGAGGAUAUGAAUUUCUACGAGCGAAGGGACCUCUUCUUACAGAAGUAAUUGUUAUGAUUAAUCCAUCGAUUAUUAAAGUUCCUGUUUUAGUUUCAACUAAUUACACAAUAGCAGUAAAGAAAGGAUUGGAUUCUGUAACUUCCAUUCAACAGCAUUUUCAAUGGGAAUCAAAGAAGUGGUUGCCAUGUUCCCAGUCAUGUGGAGGAGGAGUGCAGUACAAAGGACUAAUUUGUCGAGACAGAAGAACAGACAAAAGAGUCAAAUGGAAAAAUUGUGAUUUGCUCACCAAACCAGUUCCGCAACAACGCGUCUGUAAUUUAAUAUCAUGUACUUUUAGAUGGUUAACACGAGAAUGGGAACCUUGCACACAUACUUGCGGAAUGUACGGAAUUCAAAAUCGAGAAAUUCAUUGUGUUUUAACUAAUAAUACAAAAAUUAUAGUACCACCAAAUUUUUGUUUGGAAACAAAACCAAGUACUACAAAUUCUUGUAAUCGAGUGUUAUGUCCUUCUGAAUGGAUUAUGGAAUCUUGGUCAGAGUGUUCUGCUUCAUGUGGUAAUGGGACGCAAAUUAGAAAUGCAAUUUGUAAUAAAAGUAACGAAUUUUCUGAAUGUCCUCCUCCAUCACCACCCACAAUAAGGCAUUGCAAAAUAAUAGAAUGCUCAGAAUCCUGCAUAGAAGAUAAAUCUAUAUUUUGUAAAAUAUUUACAUUGAGCCGUUACUGUAGACACUCCUCUUUUCGAAACAUAUGUUGCAUGACCUGUCAAAAAUACGUAUCAUUAAUUCAUUUGCAAAAUACCGCUUAA